AUGGCCAGACGCACCAUCCAAAAGUACAGAUGCUUCAGAGGACAUCGAAGAUCAAUCUCCAGAAAGAAGUCGCACUCCAGUACCAAUUUUGGCCAAAGAAACUAUUCACUCUAUGUUAACAGGGUCCUUAAAGAAGUUGUUCCCCAGAGGGGCAUGUCAUAUCGCACCUUGGACUUCAUGAACACUCUGAUCAACGACAUCUUUGACCGCAUUGCUGAGGAAGCCCACCACCUGAUGCAUUUCAGAAAGCGCUGUACCCUCACCCCUGAAGACAUCCAGAAGGCGGUGUACAUGCUGUUGCCUGAGCAACUAGCAAAGUACGCAGUGACUUUUGGAAGUGAAGCAGUGCACAGAUUUGUCAGCUCCUGA